UGACGAGAGAACAGCCGCUAACAAAAAAUAUCGAUCUUUCCUUCUCGAGAUGCGUGACCGGGUAUGUCAGUUUCUGACGUCACAUCCACGUUUUGUAUUGACCUCCUCCUUUAUAUUUGCUAAAUGAUCUUCGUUGUUGGAUGAGUGGUUCAACCAUGGCGAAAACCAGAGCGACCCCUUUCCUUCCCGCCCUGAUCUUUCUCACCCUCUUGGCGAAUGCCCAUCUGGGCAUCUGUGUCUUGUCCCGACAACAACAAGACAAGGUCUCUAAAUUGCCUGGACAGGAUUUCAAUGUUAACUUCGAACACUAUUCUGGGUUUGUCACUGUCAAUGAGAAAUUGGGAAGAGCUCUAUUCUACUGGUUCUUUGAAGCCGUUGAGGAUCCUGAUUCUAAGCCUCUUGUUCUCUGGCUCAACGGAGGACCGGGAUGUUCAUCCAUUGCGUUUGGUCUAGCAGAAGAGAUAGGACCAUUUCACAUUAAGCCAGAUGGGAAGACCCUUUACCUUAACCCGUAUUCUUGGAAUCAAGUUGCCAAUGUCCUGUUCCUCGAUGCACCUGUUGGGGUUGGGUAUUCGUACUCAAACACUUCCUCUGAUUUGCUCACCAAUGGUGAUAAGAGGACUGCCCAAGAUUCUCUGAAGUUUCUGCUGAAGUGGUUAGAGCGUUUUCCCAAGUACAAAGGGAGAGAGUUUUAUAUAGCUGGGGAGAGCUAUGGAGGGCAUUAUGUUCCUCAGCUAAGUCAAGCCAUUGUAAGACACAACCAAGCUUCCCAGGAAAAAACUAUUAAUAUAAAGGGUUACAUGGUGGGAAAUGGCCUGAUGGAUGACUUCCAUGACCAACGAGGUCUCUUCCAAUAUAUUUGGUCACUGGGUUUUAUCUCUGACCAGACAUACAACUUACUGAACCUUAGAUGUGGUUUUGAGUCAUUUACUCACCCCUCCAAGGCCUGCAUUGAGGUUCUGGACACAGCGGACAAAGAAAUUGGGAACAUUGACCAAUACAGUGUCUUCACCCCAACAUGUCCUGGGAACGUCACCCAGACAAAGUUUUUGUUAAAGAAGAGACCUAUUCUCGGCCGUGUCAGCGAAAAUUAUGAUCCUUGCACAGAGAAGCACUCUAUAAUGUAUUUCAACCUUCCAGAGGUUCAAACGGCCCUCCAUGUUCCACCAGAACUUGCACCAUCCAAAUGGGAGACUUGCAGUGAUACCGUGGGUAACCACUGGAAGGACUCCCCACGCUCGGUUCUGAACAUUUACCAUGAGCUUAUAGCUGCUGGACUUCAUAUCUGGGUUUUCAGCGGAGAUGCUGAUGCUGUUGUACCGGUCACAUCAACUCGCUACAGCAUAGAUGCUCUCAAUCUUCGUCCUCUGAAUCCAUGGCGUCCGUGGUACAUCGAUGGCCAGGUCGGAGGCUGGACCCAGCAGUAUGUCGGAUUGAACUUCGUUACAGUGAGAGGUGCAGGCCAUGAAGUUCCUCUGCACAGACCGAAGCAGGCUCUUGCCCUCUUCAAGGCCUUCGUGUCUGGAAAUUCACUUCCAAUAACUGAGAUCAACAAUGGCGGCAUGUCUGAACAAGCCAGUGUCAUAUCUGAACUCGUCAGUGACGAAUGAGUUCUGUUUGACGUCACCAUUUAUGUUUGGGAUAGUUUGUGUUUGAGCUGCGUAGAACACUUUGCUUUGCAUGUAUUUCCUGCACUCCAUAUUUUCACGUCAACCCAUUGGUAAUCUCUCCCAUAUAACUAUGACAAAAUGUGAUGUGUGAGUAAUGGAUUUGAUAAGAAAAAAAUAAAGGGAAGAAAACAUAAUUCUGAAC